AUGGAGAAGAGAGGAGCGGCGUACACCUUUUUGGGCUUUGCCUGCCUAACGAUAGUAUCUGGUUACUUCAGUGGUCCAUAUGCGGAGUUGCCAAAAACAGUAGUCAAAGUUGCUCCAGGAGCGGACGCUGUUAUUGACUGCUGGGGGAGGAGGAUGAAUGAUAAUUACUAUAAGCUUAAAUGGGAGACCAUGGGGGAACCGUACACAUUCUAUGGCAAAGAGUACAUUGAUGAGAUAGUUAUCUCGGAGAAUGAUGAGAUAAAGGACAAUCUUGGGGGCUCAGCCUCGGUUGUUGAGGUGCCGCGUGUUAGUGGUCAGAGUUACCUGGAUCACCUGUUCAGACUGACCAUCCGUCAAAUGACGCAGGAGAAAGCCGGGGAGUAUUUCUGCUACCACACAUACCCGGGAAGUCCGAGGCAAAAAGUCACCAUAAUAGUUGAAUCGCCUGUGUGCCUGAAUGGCUUUUACUGCAAGAAGGGUGAGUCGAGCAGCUGUCUCCAGGAAUCACAAGUCUGCAACGGCCACAGCGACUGUGAUGAGGGGAAAGAUGAGGCUAACUGUCAAGGAGGUGUGACGGCAUGGAAGAGAUGCGAAUUUCGUCCAUGUGAUUGUCACAAGGCCAGCAAGACGGUGACCUGCCACAUGAAUAGAUAUGAUAACUACAACUUUCCCUCAGACAUGGAAACCCUUGAGAUCCUUGAAGACGAUUUGGCCAGUAUGCCAUCCGGCGCUCUGAAGACUUAUACAAACCUGGAAACAUUGAGGAUCCACAACCAAACCAAACUCACUACAAUUAACAAAGACAGCUUCGAAGGCCUUUCCAGCCUGAUCACACUAGACAUCCAGUCGACCAGCCUGUCGAACAUAGCGGAGGGCACAUUCGACCAUCUUCGCUACCUACGUACCCUGGACCUGAGUUACAAUAAGCUUGGUGCAGUCACGCAAGCGACAUUCAGAGGACUGCGCGGUUUGAGAACAUUCAAUGCAAUAAAGGCGGGCAUCACCGGUCUUGCAGCGGAUACAUUUCACACUCUGCGGGUGCUUCAAGAACUUGACAUAAGCGAUAACGAUAUUGGGACCCUCAACAGCCAAGCUUUCAGCAAAAGCCGUUUUUUGCGUAAAAUAAAUCUACGGAACUGUAAGAUGACUGCGAUAUCACCAGAUAUAUUUAAAGGCGGACUUGCCGGAUACUUGAACACAGUCGACCUAAGUUUCAAUCAAAUGGACAUCCCUUUGACAGUGCUUGACGAACUCAAAGGCCUUGAGUACCUCACAAUGAGGUCGAACGGAGUUACAUUUGAUAUCAGCGUCUUCCAGGAUUUCACGAAACUUAAAAAACUCGACCUGAAAGGAAAUGGUCUGAUGACGAAGAAACCAAAAGAAGACUUCAACUGCCUUGACGGAAGUUGUUAUACAAAGUGCGGUAAAGUUGAUGAAGACUUCAAUCGGCCAUAUUCUUUCAUGCGCACUCAAGACACCAUAAACAUCUUCGCCUUCCAUUUCGACCUUGAAACGAUUGAGAAAUAUUUCUCGCUUGGACACCAAGAAAUCCACGGACUAAAGAAAGUCAAUAUCUAUGCUGAUACAGUUUAUGCGAAUCAGGAUGUUGACAAAAAGGUUGAGACAUUUGUCUACGCAAGGAACUUUAUCAUUAAAGAUGGACAGAUCUUGCCGACGUUUCUCCGCUCUGAGAAAGGAAAGGAAUACUGGGGGACCGACUGUAACAUGAACUACGUUCCAAAUUACAGCGGAGGCAAGAGGCUAAUUUUAGCCAGAUUUGGGGCGUUUUCCUUUUUCGUUGAGAACAUACGCUACAAAGGUAGGUAUUGCGGUGUAACUGAAGAUGAUUUGAUCACGAAAAUGCAUAUCGUCAACAGGUACGAUUGGCUACAAGCGGUCACUCAGUGUGCCCAGAUGAAUGCUGAUACCGAGGACAACAUCAGGACGAUCUCAUUGCCAAUGCUCAACAACGUCAUUGCUUAUACCUCGGCACCUCUUGCGCAAACCUAUAAGUUUGACAUGGUAUAUGAACUGGCUUAUGAAAUCAGGGACAGGCUACUGACUGAACUAUCAACAGGCGCUCGCCUUGUCCCCUACCUCAAUAACGGAGCCUAUACGAUGAUCCUGACUGAGAUGUACACCUACGGAAAGAGCUACUACGACGAAUAUAACAACCUCAUGGCGAAUAAAGAGAGGAUGCAAGCCCAGUCAAAAUCAUUCGACAUCAUUCUUUAUCAGGCUGAGAAUAUGGUGACCACUGCAACCAGUGACUACAAGACAAGCGACGACAUGUUAGCGGUCUCUGAAAUAGCCCUAGAAAAGCUGAAAUAUAAUUUCGAUAAUUCGAAACGAGAUAUGGAGACGGCCAAAGCUGAUUUUGACGAGGCCGUUAAGGAGCACAUUGCGCAGGCAGCGGUCAAAGCAGUAUUUGGAUUUAUCAAAGCUAUUGUUGGGAUUGUUACGGGUGCAGCAGAAAAAGAUCCUGCGGCCGUAUUCGAGGGUAUAAUGGACUUAAUGGACGCGAUCACCGAUCUCAUGGACCUGAUCACCAGCGUUAUGGACCUGAUGCGAAGUUGCUCAGAGAUUGUGAAGGCAAUGAGAAUGGAGGGUAGCAACCAGAAUAUGGAUAUUGGCGUCUAUUUGGAUGACCUUGAGCUUGCUGCUGACCUGAGAGUUCAGAUUGUCCAUUGGGACAACAUGGUCACUAUGACCAACACCGAGAUGGACACAGAUGCUGUUAGAGAAAUUGGUGGCGCUGCUGACUUCCGCCGAGCAGUUCAAGAGGUCGCCAACUGGGGCAAAGCUCUGACGGAGGAGCUCAUCAGACAGGCUCAGCUCCUUGCUGAAGCUCAUGGUAGAAAGUUAAAGCUUGACUUGGCAAAGGACUUUGAAAACUACAUGGCUGUCGAGUAUAACGAUGCCAAAGCCAAGUCAGAGACAACAGAAGAUUUGGUGUGGCUCCUGAAGGGGCAACAGUUCCAGAUCAAGAUCACAUUGAUGGACUACCUCUUCCAAUACUGCCGAGCCUACUUCUUUUACCAAUUCCGCGAGUGCAGUGCUACAGUUAAGCCCAGACUCGACGAUUCUAUGUUCAACCUCCUCAACAAGAUCAGCCAGGCCAAAUUGGAUGAAGUGGUCAAUUUGGAGAGUCUUGUUGGAUACCCCGAGCCGAUCACUGAGACUCUCUGGAUUGAAGAUGCGCCUGGCCAUAAAUGCGAGGGUUCACAUGACUGCCCAAUCGACUUCAUGAAAAGACAACAAAGCAUCACCAUCGACAUCACCAGAGCCAUGGCCGAUUUCUCGACUUUAGAAAGAGUGCGAGUCAGCGAAAUUGAAGUUUUCCUCGAUGGUGCCACGAACUCCCAAGGUCGUGACAUCUACGUUGUAUUGGGUACAACAGGAGAGUUUGUUGACUACUAUCGGAAGGAGGAGCAUCGCUUUGUCAGCGCCCCCAUGGAACUCGUCUUCAAGUAUGAGCCGAAGAAUGAGGUCAUGUCCCGCCAGGCCAAAGUGGCCGAGACUCAUAAUGCUUUCCUUUCCCAGACGACCCCCUUUACCGGCUGGGUCAUCAGCGUACCUCAGAAGUAUAACCACGGCAUCGAUCUUUCCGGGCUCACGGGCAUCUACAUGAGGUUUAGAGGAAGCGGAAUCAGCUACGUGAACCGCAAAUAGCGUAAAUAGGGAUCAACCAAAUACAUGAUACAUUGUACUGGUAAUAAUCACCAACUGAGGGGACAUCUCUGUCUCUUCAUGUAAUUUAUCUGUCAAGCCUCUGACUCAAUAAAAUCGGCUUCAAAUA